AAAUUUCCUCGAAUCUAAAACAGAUAUAUGCUGCAAAGUUACACCAUCAAAUACCAAAUAUAAUAGCAAAUAUAAUAAUAAUCUAUAAUACAUUUUUGGAUUAUAAUUAUUGAUACGUUUGUGUCGAUAUCAUUUAAAUGUCAUAUUUUGUAUCAAUAAUCUGAAUUACCAGUAACCAUAGCUAUCAAAUAUACUGUAUGUAGUUCAAUAAAAAGUAUAUUAUUUGCCCCUGGAAAUGUAGAGUACAUAAUACCAUAGGUUUAGUAAAAAAAACAAAUACCAAAGUACAGCAUUUGAGUAAAUAUAUUGAUUUACUCUGCAUCACUGCUCCUCAGGAAUGUUUUCAUUUUGAAUGCAGGGGUUUUAUGUGAAAGAGAAUAUACCUUAAACCAGUCAAAAUACUUUAUUAGUAAAAUACUCUAUUCUCUGGUACUACUCAUCAGCUUAGUACUCUGAUUACUUCUUUACACUGACCGUAUUUCACCAUCACUCUGUGGGCUGUGACUCCACUGUGCACCAGGAGCGGGAGCGUGCCUGCCUGCCUGGGAGCGCGCACCCCGCAAAGCGUCCUUUUCGUUUCCAUGGGAACCACGGACGGCAACAGAGCACGGAGACAGCGCUGUUUGACCCGGACUCCGGUUUUAACUCCUCCAUCUGUCCUUUCACUCCCAAAAAGACGCGUUUCUGGACCUCUAACUAACCCUGGAUCCUGCUGGAAUCCUCCUCCUGAUAAUCCGGGUUGGUUCAGCUGAAUGACCCUGGACGUUUCCUCCUGGGAGAGAUGGAGAAUAGCUUUCAAACACUGCCACCCUCAUCCCUGUGUCCCACCACCUUUGGAGGGUCCCUGUGUCCCACCAACUUUGAAGGGUCCCUGACUUUCUCCUCCUCGCCACUGCAGACCACCUGCAGCGGCCAUAUUUCACUCCCGCUUUCACCUAUUUCCUUCCCCCCGUCCCCUAUCUCACUUUCUCCAGCGACAGCAGAGUCCAUCUUCUCCUCCUCCCCUUUCUCACAGUGCACAGCAUCUCAGUGCCUUGAAGUACAAAACACAGAGGGCCUCAGCCCUACAAACAUAUGUGACCAGGAUGACCUGACCUGCCUCAACUGGCUGCAUCAGAGAGGCAACCUGCUGCCACUGCAGCCCCUACCCAAAAUGGCACCACUGCCUCAGCUAGAAGCCUCCACACCUACCAACCCUCCUCCUGCCUCAUCCAAGCCACCAUACUCCUUCAGUAGUCUGAUUUUCAUGGCAAUAGAAGACUCAGCAGACAAGAGACUUCCAGUUAAGGACAUCUACGAAUGGAUUGUAAACAAUUUCCCCUACUACAGGACAGCCACUGGAGGCUGGAGGAACUCUGUUAGACACAACCUGUCCCUGAGCAAGAGCUUCUGUCGCAUUCAGAGGGACAAGAGCCAGUCAGUGGGGAAGGGAUCGCUGUGGUGUGUUUGUCCUGAGUAUCGGCCGGCGCUCCUCGAGGUGCUUAGGAAGACCCACAGCUAUCACAGCACUAACAGCAAUCUGCUAAACAAGCCUGCACUGUUGGAAGGAGCUGACUAUGUGGUGCCUGCAGUCUGUGACAAUAUUGAAAUCUCAGAUCCUCUUUGUCACACGCUCCUCCUCUCCAUGCCCUCUCCCCCAACCCUGACCACUGAUGAUCCAACUUUUGGUGAAAACCCAUCGUGCCCUUUGACACCGGAUCACGAGGAGCUUGUCACCAUGGAGUCGAUGGAAUACCAGCAUGAGGAGAUCUGCGAGGAGAUGGAAAAGGACCCCCUGUCAGACAGCGGCUACAUCGAGUUACACUACUACCAGUCUCAACAGUUCCAGUACCUGGUGCUGCCUGGUGACACCGAGCUGGACCUGGAGACAGUGGAGAUCCUUCAGCUGGAUGCAGAGGCCCAGGAGGCAGCUGGGUCACUGCUGGACCUGGCUGGUGGUGUAUAUUAAUUCUAUAUCCCAUGUCACGGCCACAACCGAUGCAAUGCUUCAAUCCUCUAUAAGCAAAUACUCCAGCAGAGCAACAUAAAUGGGAUUUAUGUUUGUUCAGAAAUGAUGUUUUGUGAAUUGGCUGCUUCUUCCUGAGACACCAACACUGCCCUAUGUGUAUUUUUGUGUAGUUAAAUAACACCAUAGAUCAACUUUACUGAUGGACUAACAAAACUGUGGAUGGCAUUACUUGUAUCCAGACACUUUCAGUGCAGAAGCUGACUUUACUAUCAUAAUGCCAUACAUUGACUACUCUCAACUCAAGACUUGAGAGCUCAACAUUAAACUGAAAUAUAUGGACAAAAUGAUACUAGAUUUUAAAACUGAAAGGAAAGUAUUAAUAGUGUAUAGUCUUCAACACGUCUUUUUACAGUUUCCACUGUGAUUUUUUAACAAAUAAAGUUCAUUCUCAGGGGUGGAAGUAGUUCUUAGUUCCAACUAGUGUACAAGUUGUGUAUCUUGAUUCAAGUAUGUCCCAAAAAUGAUGUAUACAGAAGAAAAGUACUAGAGUAGCUCUUUUGAUGUAAAACUGACCAGCACACAAACUCACUUCAUGUCUUCCCAACCAGUGCUUCUCAGUUUCUUCCAAGUGGUAACCUUCAUUUCUUUAUAAGAAUGUUUUAAGCACUAUUCAGAUACACUGCUUUACUUUUUAAUUGUAAUCCUAAUUAAUUCCUUUACACCCAUUGCCGUUCCUCAGAUCAUGUUCUCUAAUGUUGAUUUUAUGUACAUUAUGUUAUUUUACUAAUUCCCACUCCCAGAAUGUCUUUGAGGUGAAUGUGAACUUAAAAACCUGGAAAUGAAUUUGUAAGCUAAGCCACCCUGUCUUCAAUCAGGGAGUUGAUUGGACUUUUUAAUUAAAAUGCAAGAUGAACUCACUGCCAUGUGAACCACGUUACAUAUCAAGAUACACUGCAUUUCUGUUCGUUAAUGUAUUUUUUGAAAAGAUCAGGAUUUUGUAAUCUAACAAAUAAA